CUUUUUUGGCUACCUUGUUCUACAGCUAGAGUUGAGAUGGAUUCUGAGGUGUUGUAAGCCGGAUUUAGCCAAGGCUACGAAACCUCCAGAUAAUACCCUCGCACGCGACACCAUCACAGCACCCAUGUGCUCGCUCCUCCUUCGAACACAGAUGAGGUCACGUUUCCCGACGUCUCUCGCCGUGCAUGGCCUUCUCAGCGACGGUACAAAAAUUCGUCACUGAAGACGUGUCCACCUCCCGUUCAUUCAAGUUAACUUCGAUCAUCUCAAAAGCAACAUGCCGCGUUCCAGGUUCCCAGCGCCAUUCGCGGUGAUACAGCUGUUACUUCGUAUCAUCUCACUCGCACUCAGCAUCGCUACGCUUAUCGCUGCGGCUUAUACCUCUGUCAAGUAUGGAUACGGCAAGGCGAUGGUCGGCGCCUUCAUUGCGGCCGUGUGGACUAUGAUGGUAGAUACUGCAGAGAUCGCCGGCCUCGCUGACCGCACGCGACGGGUCCGCCGGUGCACCGAGGGCUCCCUGGGAUGCCUGGAUUGCCUCACGAUGCUCAUCAAUGCGAUCCUCCCGGUGGUCAACUUACUGGCUGUCACUGGCCUGUCAUGGGAAUGUGGAGGCCGACCACAGGAUCAGUGCGAUGAGGAAGAGCGGUUCCGAUCCGAGGCCCUCAGUGCUGCGUUCGUGACGUGGAUCCUACCGGUUGUUGUUGCGUGA